UGCUGCAGUAACCGCGUACAGAGCGAGGGUAACACCCGCGUCGAUCGCGAAACAAAAAAAAUAUACAAUUUUUCACGUAACCAAACUACUAACAGUGAAUAACGAACUAUAAUAAAAUUAUAAUUAAACAAAAAGCGCUGAUACAGUACACAAGCAAUCAUGGGCUCCAUGUUCAGGAGCGAGGAGAUGGUCCUCUGUCAGCUCUUCGUUCAGCCGGAGGCGGCUUACGUCUCCAUGUACGAGCUAGGAGAAGCUGGUAUUGCUCAAUUCCGAGAUUUGAAUCCACACGUAAAUGACUUCCAAAGAAGAUACGUAAGUGAAGUUCGCCGCUGCAGCGAGAUGGAACGCAAGCUGCGAUGGGUGAGUGGAGAGCUACCGGAGCCUCCUCCUCCGCCCAUACCCUCGCGACGGAUGCUCAGUCCACGAGAGAUCAAUAUGCUAGAGGAAAAAAUUGAUUACAUCGAAUCAGAAAUCCAAGAGAUGACAAAAAACGCUCGAAACCUCAAAAGCGACUACCUUUCCUUGAUAGAGCUGAAACUUCUCAUAGAGAAAACACAGACCUUCUUCCAAGAUCACAGCGCCCAGAGGAAACUGUCGGCCACCGUUCAGAUCUACAACAAUGACGCUGUUUUCGGGCACCUCGGCUUCAUCGCGGGAACAGUGGCCACAUCCAGGGUGCCUUCGUUUGAAAGGAUGCUAUGGAGGAUAUCGCACGGGAACAUAUUCUUCAAACAGGCACAGAUCGAUCAGCCUCUAAAAGAUCCCAUUACGGGUCACGAACUACAAAAGACUGUCUUCGUAGUAUUCUUCCACGGUGAGCAGAUCAAGUUGAGAGUGAAGAAGGUCUGCUUUGGGUUUAAAGCUACUCUGUACCCAUGCCCUGCGACGUAUAAGGACCAGCAAGAAAUGCUGUCUGGAGUCGAAACGAGGAUCAAGGACUUAGAAAUGGUACUAGACCAGACAGAGCAGCACAGACGAUUGGUCCUCACCAAUAUAGCAGGAGACAUCAGCACGUGGAUGCUGGCCGUAAGGAAGGAGAAGGCCAUCUACCAUACCCUCAACAUGUUCAGCAUGGACAUCAUUAAGAAAUGCCUCAUCGCUGAAUGCUGGGUUCCAAAAAGUGAUCUUUACAUUGCCCAGAAGGCUCUGGAUGAUGGAGUGAAAGCAAGUGGCAGUCCCAUUCCAUCCAUCCUCCACCACGUGCCAACCAGAGAAAUACCACCCACUUUUAACAGAACCAACAAAUUCACGAGGGGAUUUCAAACUCUUAUUGAUUCCUAUGGAAUCGCCAGCUACAGAGAAGUAAAUCCAGCGCUAUACACAAUCAUAACAUUCCCGUUUCUGUUCGCCGUCAUGUUCGGCGACGUAGGCCAUGGACUUAUCAUGACUGCCUUUUCUGCGAUCAUCGUUAUAUACGAGAAGAGACUCUCGAAGAAUAAAUCGGACAACGAAAUAUGGAACAUUUUCUUUGCCGGACGAUACAUUAUCUUACUGAUGGGAAUAUUCUCUGUCUAUACCGGUUUGAUCUACAACGACAUGUUCUCGAAGUCUCUGAAUCUGUUCGGAAGUAGUUGGAUGAACGUUUACGAUAGUGAAACCCUUGCGAAUCAUACAUCGUUGGAAUUGGAUCCGGCUGUGGCCUACACUCAAACGCCAUAUCCUUUCGGCUUGGACCCGGCGUGGCAGUUCGCCACGAACAACAUAAUAUUUUUGAAUUCAUUCAAAAUGAAACUGUCCAUUAUAUUCGGCGUACUGCACAUGGCGUUCGGUGUGACAAUGAGUGUGGUAAACUUCAAUUUCUUCAGGAAGCCGGAAAUGAUUUAUCUCCAGUACGUGCCGCAAAUUCUGUUUCUGAUGCUGCUGUUCUGGUACCUCUGUAUAUUGAUGUUCAUGAAGUGGACCAUGUACUCCGCCACGGCGACAGACCCGACAUACGGUACGUCUUGUGCCCCAUCAGUCCUAAUAACCUUCAUCAACAUGAUGCUGCUGAAGGGCUCUGAGGACAGCCCUCCGUGUAAGGCGAUGAUGUUCGACGGCCAGGACGCAUUGCAGAAGUUAUUCUUGACGCUUGGCUUCCUUUGCAUUCCGAUAAUGUUAUUCGGGAAACCGGCAUUCUUGUUCUGGCAAGCCCGUAACCGGAAGCGCCACGAGGUGGGCGGGGAGCGCGGGGAGGUGCCGGCGGGGGCCGGCGGGGGUGCGGGGGCGGCGGGGGAGCUGCUGAUCACGCAGGCGAUACACACCAUAGAGUACGUGCUGGGCACCGUCUCGCACACCGCCUCCUACCUGCGCCUCUGGGCCCUCUCCCUCGCGCACGCACAGCUGUCGGCCGUGCUGUGGCAGCGCGUGCUCCGCUACGGCCUGGCCAGGAGUCUGGCGGGCUCCGUCACCAUGUACGUGGGGUUCGCGGUGUGGGCCUUCUUCACGCUCGCCAUCCUCGUCCUCAUGGAAGGACUGUCUGCCUUCCUGCACACGCUGCGGUUGCACUGGGUCGAGUUCAUGAGUAAGUUCUACGACGGACAAGGAUACGCUUUCAUGCCGUUCUCAUUCGCGGCCAUCAUAGAGCACGACGACGAGGAACUGGCGCAAAAUGGCGCGCCGCCCGAGAAGAAAGACGAAGAAUAUUAACUUAUAAUAUAUGUAGCUACAUUAUGAUAUAUAGAAAUUUCAAAAACCAAAGAGAUUCCGAAUUGCUCGGAUUUUAGUUAAAAAUAUCGAGCGUAUUUAGAGGCCCUUUGAGGGCAUAGAUUAAUUUAAGUGUCUCGGAAAUUUAAUUAAGAAUGGCAAUGAUUUUUUUAAUUUAUUUAUUUGAAUGAAAACAAUCAGACAAUCGCUACAGAACAAACCGCAAUGUGUGUUCAGACGCGGCGCAGGUAAGACGUUCAUUCUCUGAGUACGAUCAUUCGUAACGAUUCAAUGUUUAAUGGAAGACAUCGUAACGAACAGACACCCCAAAAUUAGUUUUUCAUGUACCGCGAAUACAUAAUUACAAAGCAGCUAAUAGAUUAUAGAUAUCUCUGAAACUAGCUUUAGACAAAAAAGUCUUGGACUUUUAGCUAAAUUUUAUCUUUGUAUUUUAAUUUAAAAUUAUAAUAGCUAAAAAACAUUCAAAGUACAAAAUUAACUAGUUGUGGGUAGUAAACAUAUAAACGUUAACAUUGAUGUCGUAAAAAAUAUAACAUAUAUUGCUAUAUGGUGUUUUGUGUAAGUCGCAUUAUAGUGGUAUCAGGAGAGAAUUGGGUUGCCAUCGCGCUGUUAUACUUGAGAUUAACUAUAUAGGUACCAAAAGACAGAUUUAUCCUUCUGCCACUGCCGCUAUAUGAGCUCGUCUACUUUAAGUAUCGAUAUAAGAAUAUCUUACAACUAUAUUUAACCAAAUAUAUGAUGAUAACAAUGAUAAACAAAGGUAUUUUAUUAAUGUAUUCACCAGUGCAUUUUAAUGAUUCUCUUUUACGAAGGAUUUACGUGUGACGUGAUUGAUAGUGACAAAUAAGGUUAGUCUAGGCCGCAGACAUCUGAAUUCCGUAUUCGGUUUCCUUAUCCGGAAUUCUUUGUUCGGACGCUAGAAUCCAGAAAAUGAAACAAAAUGCUCAAACACAGAGCUCACGUUCAUAAAUUUUAAUAACGGGACGUGAAUAAUGUAACGAUACGGAAUUUCUGACACGGAAACCUAAUAAGGAAUCCAGGCGUUUGGCAUCGGUUUUAGACACUGACAAAUAAUACGUAUUGUCUAAAAAUGUACGGUGACUUUAGCAUAGAAAUGAAAUUUGACCAAUUUAAUGAAUGUAAAUUAGUCAUUUCGGACAACUGGGUUCCAUAUUGAGUUCAAAAUGGAGCUUACAUCAAAUAGAAAUGCGUUAACAAAACUAUAAUACAAUUCUUAAUAAAAUAUGAUUAUGAAUCGCUUCAUUUUUUUAAAUAUGAACGCUCUUCAAAUUUCGAGAUUUCGUCUUUAUUAAACACCGCUUUCUAUUAAAAAAAAAAUUAUAAAUAAUAGUGUUUCAAAGAAAGAUUAUGUGAGAUUUUGUUGACUUGUAAUGUAAGUUUAAAUGUCCCAACGCCAGGCGAAAAUGUCUGCUUUCUCGAUUAUAAUUUAAUAUUCCAAAAAUUAGUAGGCUUGGCUCUGCCCCAGACAUUGCUGAAGUCCAUGGGCGACGACGACGGUAACCAUUCACCAUCAGGUGGGCCGUAUGCUCGUCUGCCUACAAGGGCAAUAAAAACUAUAUUUAAAAAAUAUAUAUAUAUAUACCAUCGGAACAAUUUACGGAAAAUACGGAAAAUUAUCGGGAAGAAAACUCGAAUUGUAAACUUGAGGCCACAUAUUUGUUUACUAGAUGCUUGUGACCAUACAUUAAGCAAGAAUCACACAUUAUUCAAGUCAAUCGUCCGACAAGACAGCAAAUAAAUUUGUGAUAUAUAGCUACCUACACUACUCACGCGUCUAGAUGCGUUUAGUUCAGAUACAAUGACAGCUGUCGAAAAGGUUUUCUUCUCUUAGGCCAUUUGAAAAAUGGUAUUCGCAGUUUUAACAUUUUAGGAAAGUUCCGUCUUCGCUUAAAUGUUAAUUAGACUUAAAAACAAUUAUUAUUAAUUAAAAAAAAUAUAUUAUUAUAGACUAUUCUCGUAUUGUGUUAUAGUGUUUGAAUAUUGUUCUAGGAUAGGUAAUUUUUUCGAUUCGCACUAUUUCCUUGUUACUGAUAUAAUUGAGUGAAUAAGUAUUAUAAGAGUUUAUAAUGAGUCCAUCGGGAAAACCAUUGGGACUCCCUAAAUAAAACAGUUGCACUGAGAGUUACGCUUCAAGCAAUACGACCGGUCGACCGCGUAUUUUGAACGGAAACAAUUAUCGUUUCAAACUCAAAUAACGCAAACUCUUUCCCCGCUAUAUUGUGUUCUGUUUGUGACAAUUGUUAUAUUUUACUGAAAAAAAAAUCAUUUAAAUCGUUUGUUUAUUUUUAAAUUUUAUUAUAUGUUAUAUUAUUUGUAAUUAAUAGUUGGAAUUAUGAUGCACGAUUAGAUUGUUAUUCUUUUUUUCUUUCUUUAGUUCGAAAAAAAACCUUAGUUCAAUAAAUAAAAAUGUACAUUAAGUAAAAAAAGCCUUUAUCUAGAAAUCUCACAGAAAAACUUCAAUUGUAUUUGAAGACAUGAGGGGAUCAAGAGGAUAUGAUACAAUUUGUUAAUUUUGAGAAAACGAGCAAGAAACUUUUGUUACCUGUAGUUCUUUUUCUUCGUACAUAACUCCAGCAUGCAAUUUCUAAAAAUAUCCCUUAAACCCGGAGUUAAGGUCUAAUAUGGUUCAUAUAACACCUUCAUACAAUGUAAAAACUCAAAAAUCUUACAAAUGGUACUUAACCUCUUCCCCUACUCGUGUCUUCAUUUAUUUAUAGCUUAGUCUUUGAGGUCUACGGGACAGAUAUGUCCAGUUUAUUAGACACUGGACAGCAAUCUACGUGUCCUUGUCCAAUUAUGUCUACUUACAAGGCACCUUUUUUUUUAAAUAAAUUUUACUGUCUUGGAAACAAAGUCCUUUAAGCUAGGCACCUCAGCGCGCGCGUGCCACAGACUAACGCGUUACUACACAGAUAACACGCGCGAACAAUUUAGGUAUAGCAUUCUAGAUCAUCAAGUUUGAACAAUUAAUUAUAAUAUUUUAUUUCAUAGUGAGUUUUUAUAUAUGUUUAAAGAGCUAAGCGCUGUGUUUUUAAAUGAAUAUAUAAAAUUUUAUAAGGCUUGUUGUUAAAUUUAUUUUAUUUAAAGUAAAACAAACAAACCAACUGUGGCCUUAACUAUUGAAACAAUCACUGAUGUCAUAUCACAGUUAGCAGGUUGUGAUACUAUUAGCUACGGCAUAGUUUAAUUACUGUUACAGGAAGACGAACCUAAAUUAUAUUUUAUCUUCAUUUAAUAAAAGAGUUUAAUAUUCAUUAAUUAUAUUAAAACGUUCAGUGAUAACUUGACUACAUCGUAAGACUAUGUAAAUUACAAUUUAGCAAUAAAUUUUAUCCACAAGUCAUUGUUAUAACGUACAAAUUAUAUUUAUAAAAUAUUUUUGAUGUGUUCUAAUAUUUAAAUCAUGUGAAAAUUCAAUAAAAUGGCUUACUUUUAAGAAAUUUCCAAAAAAAAAUAUAUUAACAUCUGUUAUCUUUUUGAAAUUAUAAAUGCGCUAUAAAAUGCAUUCAAAGAACAAUAAAUGCAUUUGAAUUUCGAAUCGCCAAAUACAUCUCAUUUCACGAUGAAGUGUUUGUGAUAACAAUUUCAACAUGUCGCCUUCGUUAUUCCUAAAAAACUGGUAUAAAAUGCGUAUUUAAUUCUAUUCUAAUAAUUUAAUUCACUGGCACAAUACAAAUCAUUAUCGCUAAUUAUCUGUUCGUAAAAUAUAAAUGAAUAUUUUCAUCGAGACAGUGAGUACACUCAAUUAUGUUCACCAUUCCUGAAUAAAUGAAUUUUAUUUGACAGAA